CACACACAUCCAGCAGCUACGAACAAGUAUCUAGACAACAGCAACACUGGAAAUAUCAAAAAGCUCUUUUGGAGAAUUGGUUCGCCUUAGCACAUUCUUAACAUACUCAUAUCAUAAUCCCAGUCAGCGUUGGGAACCUCAUCAAAGGAUUAUCGUCACGGUCAACCAAUAUCCUCAACCCCGCCUCCGGCUUCGUGCUACAUUAUCAGCUUAUUUUAGUGUUACUAGUACACAAACCGCCUACGCCUUUGGAAUAGGCAAGUGCCAACGGGAUAGCAUCAAUUCAAUAACUUCCCUGCCAAGUGACAAGAAACAAGGGGAGCCUCGGUGAAGUCUAUCACAGCGGAGCAUAAACAAUACAAACCCAUCGAAUCAGAAUAUGCUGUCGUCCCUAUGGCCGCCUGGCGCGAAAGGCGCUGAUCCGGACCCGGACCCCCCAGCGCCGCUCGUCAGCACAUGGAAAGUCCGCACCGACGCCGGUGAGGCCUCGGCCAUCGUGCGCGUGCGCAACCUGCAGAGCGUCAUGGCCGCCGGCCGCGACGCUUGGGGCCGUGAAGCCAAACCACAGCCCGUGCUCCUGUCAUCCGAGGUGUCUUUCGCGCGGCCCUUCUCGACGGCGUCUGCGGACGACUCCGUCAACGCCGAGACGGUGCACUACGGCAAUCUGAGCAAGACGCUACUUGGCGGCAUAGAGCUCUUCUCAUCACCGCCUACCAAGAAAAAGGGACUUGUCGCCACGCACCGGCAGGAAAGCCCCGCCACUCCGCGCACGGCCGACGUGUUCGAGCUCCUGUGGGUGCAGAUGACGGGCCGCGUCGUCGACGGGAGCCGUGUUGCGCUACCGCUAGACCAGGUGCCCUUCCUUGACGCGGCGAAGCUGCGUUCCUUGUCCCUCACGAUCCAUCUACCCAAGGCGUCGCUGCUAGGUGACGGCGUCAGCCUGACUACCACGACGUGUUUCGUUGAUGCUGAUGAGCUCACGGAUGAGAAGAAAAAGAAUCCACAGCGCUCGUACGCGCGCAGUCUCCGUCUACACAGCCUACGCGUGCCCACGCUCAUCGGAGUCAAUCCUAACGAGCGCGAGGCGAAGCAGAUGGUUGUCGUUGAUGUCGAGAUUGACUGCUUUGACGUCCUUGAUGACAUACACACUGAACUUGAAGGCCUUGUCGUUGCAACCUUGGAAGCAUCCUCUUUUGAAACACUCGAGGCGCUUGGCACACACGUCGCCGACAAAAUUCUCGAUGAGUUUCGGAUUCAGGGCAGUCCACAGCGUAUGCGGGAAAGAGGCUGGCAGAUUAAAGUGUGCCUCGAGAAGCCUAUCGCCGUGCCUUUUGCGGAUUGCCCAGCCGUGGAGGUUCGAGUGGGUUCAUAAUUGUAAAUGGAAAUGGAAUUUUGGAUUACGCAAAGACUAGACAGGUUUCGUCAAACCGGGUCGCUAACGCAUGAUGCGGGUAAACAGGUACGGGAGGCAUACAUAAAUAAGAUUACGGAUAGAGUACGAGGUAUUCGGAGAUAUCAUACAAGGUAUCAAUCAAGUCUUGAGCACAGCCCAACGAUCCAUGACAUGCGUUACGUUUGUUCUUCUUCCACGUAUACUCGAGGAAGCCAGCAAAAAGAAAAUCGGAGAAAAAAUAAAACGAGAACAACGUACAACACCGAGGAUUCGCUGGUCGUCACCGACCCAACUACUGAUUCGGCCCUCACCAGCUUAUCUAAGGGAGAGCGGACGGGAUCCCGAGUUUUCUAAUGGGUAUGGUCGUACGUGGAAGAAGUGAUUGCUCUUCGGGUCUAAUAAACCUGUCGUGGUCUACGGCUAUGGCUCCAAAGCAUGGCAUACAUAUAGAUUUUGUUGUAGCAAGUAUCCUGUCCAUAUCGGAAGGCUUCGACCUAGGGUAGAGUGAAAAUUUACCUAGUUAUUGCCUAAAACGAGUCAAAACUUUAUCUAAGCACGUAG